GUAAUUCCACAGCACAAAAUGCUGCUACUACCAGUGUGGGUCUCGAUGCUUAUCGGCCUGCUUGCAGGCUUCUUGCCUGUGGUAGGGAUGCAGCCAUCACUAGAAGGAAAACCUGGCCCUAGUCAUAGCCCUAACUUGGAGUCUCCAAACUCUAAUUGCUCCCAACUUACUCUCAAAUUAGAGUUCUCCUCUCAGGUGGUGGAACAUGAGUACAUUGUGGCAUUCACGGGGUAUUUCUCGGCCAAAGCACGCUUCCUGUACAUAAGCAGUGCCCUACGAAACGUAAAGGAUGGAACGCUGGAUUGGCACAUCGUUCCCAGGGAGAACCCAGCUUCUGACUUCCCCAGUGACUUUGAGCUGGUCCACAUCAGACAAGCGUCACCUAGCAGUUUUCUGACCUUAGAAGACCACCCAUACAUCAAGAGGGUCACUCCACAACGCAAAGUGUUCCGUUCACUCAAAUACGUUUCCUCACCCGAAACGCCUGCGCCCUGUGACACUCCCCAAAGGAUGCAAAAAUGGCAGUCAUGGCAAUCAUCCCGGCCAUUUCGAAGAACCAGUCUGUCACUGGCCUCAGGUUUUUGGCAUUCUACUGGGCGCCACUCCAGUCGACGCUUGCUACGAGCAAUCCCUCGCCAUGUUGCCCAGAUCUUGCAGGCAGACGUGCUCUGGCAGAUGGGACACACGGGUUCUGGCGUUAAGGUGGCAGUGUUUGAUACAGGCUUGAGUGAGAAACACCCUCAUUUUAAAAAUGUCAAGGAAAGAACCAACUGGACCAAUGAGAAAACACUGGACGAUGGUUUGGGUCAUGGCACAUUUGUAGCUGGAGUGAUAGCCAGCAUGAGGGAGUGUCAGGGCUUUGCUCCUGACUCGGAGCUGCACAUUUUUAGAGUGUUUACAAAUAAUCAGGUUUCUUACACAUCAUGGUUUCUGGACGCCUUCAACUAUGCCAUCUUGAAAAAGGUUGAUGUUCUCAACCUUAGCAUUGGGGGCCCCGACUUUAUGGAUCACCCUUUUGUUGAUAAGGUGUGGGAGCUCACUGCCAACAGAGUGAUCAUGGUCUCUGCAAUUGGCAACGAUGGACCUCUGUAUGGAACUCUAAACAAUCCGGCUGACCAGAUGGAUGUAAUCGGAGUCGGAGGGAUAGACUUUGAAGACAACAUUGCAAGGUUUUCAUCUAGAGGCAUGACUACCUGGGAACUACCCGGGGGCUAUGGGAGGGUAAAGCCAGAUAUUGUCACCUAUGGUUCUGGUGUUCGUGGGUCAGGAAUGAAGGAAGGAUGCCGAUCUUUGUCUGGCACCAGUGUCGCCUCUCCCGUGGUGGCUGGAGCUGUUACACUUCUUGCCAGCACUGUGCUGAAUCGAGAACUAGUGAACCCAGCCUCCAUGAAGCAGGCUCUGAUUGCCUCAGCUCGCAGGCUGCCAGGAGUCAACAUGUUCGAGCAGGGCCAUGGGAAGCUGGACCUAAUUAGAGCUUACCAGAUUCUCAAUAGUUACAGACCACAGGCCAGCCUUUCUCCCAGCUAUAUUGACCUGACUGAGUGUCCAUACAUGUGGCCUUACUGCUCUCAGCCCAUUUACUAUGGUGGAAUGCCCACCAUUGUUAAUGUAACUAUUCUUAAUGGCAUGGGUGUCACUGGACGGAUUGUAGAAAAGCCUAUUUGGCAGCCCUACCUUCCACAGAACGGUGACCAUAUUGAUGUUGCAGUCUCGUAUUCGCCAGUAUUAUGGCCAUGGGCCGGCUACCUCGCUGUUUCUAUAUCUGUAGCCAAGAAAGCCGCGUCAUGGGAAGGAAUUGCCCAAGGUCAUGUAAUGGUGACGGUGGCAUCACCAGCAGAGAAUGAUUCGGAGGUGGAAGGUGAACUAACCUCCACCGUGAAACUGCCAAUUAAGGUGAAGAUAGUGCCUACUCCUCCACGCAGUAAAAGGGUGUUAUGGGACCAGUACCACAACCUGCGUUACCCGCCUGGCUACUUUCCACGAGAUAAUCUCCGCAUGAAAAAUGAUCCACUUGACUGGAAUGGUGACCACAUUCACACAAACUUUCGAGACAUGUACCAGCACCUGAGAAGCAUGGGGUACUUUGUUGAAGUGUUGGGCGCCCCCAUCACCUGCUUUGAUGCCAGCCAGUAUGGCACUUUGCUGAUGGUGGACAGCGAGGAGGAGUAUUUCCCUGAAGAGAUCACCAAGCUGCGAAGAGACAUUGAUAAUGGGCUUUCACUCAUUAUCUUCAGUGAUUGGUACAACACUUCUGUCAUGAGGAAGGUCAAAUUCUAUGAUGAAAACACCAGGCAAUGGUGGAUGCCAGACACAGGAGGUGCCAAUGUGCCCGCGCUUAAUGACCUGAUCUCUGUGUGGGGGAUGGCAUUCAGUGAUGGGCUGUAUGAGGGUGACUUCACGCUGGCAGAUCACGACAUGUACUAUGCCUCGGGCUGCAGCAUAGCUCGUUUCCCUGAAAAUGGAAUAGUAAUCGCCAAGAAACUAAAGGACCAAGGUCUCGAGGUGCUAAAGCAGGAGACCGCAGUGGUGGAAAAGGUUCCCAUCCUUGGACUGUACCAAACGCCCUCUGACGGGGGUGGGCGUAUUGCUCUAUAUGGUGACUCAAACUGCAUAGAUGACAGCCACAGACAAAAAGACUGUUUCUGGCUAUUGGAUGCUCUACUCCAGUACACAUCCUACAGUAUGACACCUCCAAGCCUAAGCCACUCUGGGAGUAGGAUGGCACCUCCCUCAGGGACGGAGCGCUUAUUGCCACAGAGAUUGGAGGGUAAUCACCUUUAUCGCUAUUCAAAAGUUCUGGAGGCUCAUCUUGGUGACCCAAAGCCACGCCCCCUACCAGCCUGUCCACACCUCUCUUGGGCUAAACCACAGCCACUCAAUGAGACGGCACCCAGUAACCUAUGGAAGCAGCAGAAGCUUCUCUCAGUGGAUCUAGACAAGGUGGCCCUGCCAAAUGUGAGGCCUUACCGUCCCCAGGUCCGACCUUUAUCCCCAGGGGAGAGCGGGGCCUGGGACAUCCCGGGAGGAAUAAUGCCUGGUCGUUACAACCAAGAAGUGGGACAGACCAUCCCAGUCUUUGCCUUCUUGGGGGCGAUGGUUGUUCUGUCCUUUUUUGUGGUCCAGCUGACAAAGGCCAAGAACAAACCCAAGCGCAGGAAACCACGCAUCAAACGCCCUACAUACUUGCAGCAGACAACAACUGGGAAAAACCCCACUGUCUGA